GAGCUGUGCAUCGUGACGAGGAGGAGCACGAUGAUGCCACCACCACCACCACCCAGUGAAUUCACCAACCACCCAGCUACCCAAUAACAGCUAGCCCAGCCACUAGCUACCAAGCACAGGACACGCAGAUGACGAGAUGCUAAUGAUGAUGCAUGGUGGUCUGCUCGGCUUGCACAGUUUGACAGCUCCAUCCCACCUACGUCAUGCGCUACGAGCCCGUCGCAGUGGGCGCGCUCGCUCGGUAAGCCCUACGCGUCACAUCCGCAGGGAUGCAUGGCCUUCGUACCUGUCCGGAGUACCCAGGAUGUACUGUGUACACGGACGGUCCUUGGGUACUUUGGUACGAUGGUGGGUGGGUGGGUGGCCGGUGCAGGGCUGCGAUCCAACGAUUCAUGAGGGGUGGGGUGUGUGGAUACAGGACCGGGGACGAUGACGGGCCCCGAUGUUAG